AUGGGGACGCUGUACGACCUGGUCUUCAUCACCAUCAGUCACAACGUGUCCUUCAUUGGCAAAUCGUGGUGGGUUCUGAUGGUUCUGGGACGUGUUCUGUUGCUGUGUCUAGCUGCCUUGAGCCUCUUCGGGGACGAGCAGGAGAGGUUUGCGUGCAACAGCCUCCAGCCGGGCUGCUCGGUAGUCUGCUUUGACGUCUUGUCUCCGGUGUCUCUCCUACGCCUAUGGCUCUUCCAGCUCAUCCUAGUGUGUCUCCCUAACAUCAUGUUCGCCACCUACGUCACCCACAAAAUCACCCCUCGCUACGGAGCGCUGCACUGCAACCCGAGUGGAGGGGUGCCAAGGUUCUACUGCUCCUACAUUGUAACCAUCAUUCUUCGGAUCCUUCUAGAAGUGUCUUUCGGUGCAGGACAGUUCUUCCUCUUUGGUUUGUCCAUCCCAAAAAGCAUGCUGUGCUACGAGGCCCCCUGCAGCUCGGGAGUGGAGUGCUACAUCUCCAGGCCCACAGAGAAGACUCUGAUGCUCCACCUGAUGCUGGCCUUGGACUCCUUGUCUGCCAUGUGGAGCCUGCUGGACUUGGCAGGUACAAUGAAGGCCAUGCUGACCUGGAGGAGAAAGAAACGCAUGCUGCGAGACGAGCUGAGCAAAGGAGAGCAAAGCAGCGUCCUCACUGCAUCGGCGGCCGACACAGAUGGGCUCCUGACCCAAAGAACCAGCCCCAGCGGAAUCUCCAAAAACGACCACAAGGAGGAACCGUCACAUUCCAACGGACAACUCCAAAAGCUUCAAGACUGCGGGGAUGCAAAGACGGACGAGUCCGCUUUCUCCGUGAUGCACUUUGUCCUCCACGACCAUGUCAGACCACCCGUGCUGCCCUGCUUUGAACCCGGCAGCAGACCUCCGACACCCAACAAGCUGGGCCGGGUCAAAUCCAAAAACAACUCGUCUCCCACAGACAAAAGAGCAUGGGUUUGA